UCAAAAAAAUAUUCUUCUUGCAUAAAUUUUUCAUCGAUGGAAACUUACUAAAACCUCACGUUGGCUAUGACAACACAACAAAGUUUUAUUAAUAUGUGCAUUUAUGACCUGUAUUGGUAUGACCUUUUUAAUAUUGGCUUGUGCUGUGCCACAACCGAAGAUUUUUUACCCUUUCUUUGUUUUAAUAUUCUACGUCCUUUCCGUGAUACCAAUGAUGCUGGCGAAACGCUUGUCACCCGGUUCUGAAACAAAUCCAAAAACCGAGUUCGCGUUGUUCCUAACCUCUGGAAUGGUAUUAAGUUCUUUUGCACUGCCCAUUGUUUUGGCUCAUAGUGGCGUGAUCACUUGGCUGGCAUGUGCUUUGACUUUAAUUAGUAACACGGUCAAUUAUUUAACCAUGCUUGGUUAUGUCAUGAAAGACAGUGAAUUUGACGCUCCUUACGGCGGGAUGUUUUAAGAAUGUUUGCUACUACUAUAUAAAUUUAUUUAAUAGAAAGCGCUUAAUUAUAAGAAAAUAUAAUAAAUUUACAUUCAUAAUUUAUACACAAAGUGAAGAAAGUUAUAUGCUAUCAUGCUAACAAAUAUAUUAACAC